UUAGGAAAAUGGUAUGUCGACAACGAAUUUUUGCCAACAAUUUGACAACGCCACGUGUCUUCCAUGCAUUGGCUAAUUACAUUGAAAGUAAAAAAGGAAAAGGUUAUGAGGCGAGGGGUAUUUGUGGGAUUUGCAGUUUAAAACUUUAGGAAAUGGGUUUGGCGAUUUAGGGUGGGCAAUACGUGCGUUCAACCCUUCCAUCUUGUCUCUGGCUCUGUCCUCCAUCUUCACCCUUCCAUCUUCUCUUUCGCUCUCUCCUCCAUCUUGUCUGUCGCUCUGACGUCCAUCUUCUCUGUCGCUGUGUCCUACUUCUUCUCUAUCGCUCUUUCCUCCAUUUUCAAGCCUAUUGUAGUUGUGUUUUCGCAUUUGGAAGGCGGGUGUGGACUUCUGUCUGGUUAUUUUGUUGUGGAUUUCCCGUCUGGUGGAGGAGGCUGUGGAGCAUAGUUAUCCAUCUUUGUUGGUGUAAGUAAAAAUGGCCGAGCCUUGACAUUGUCUUUUACAUUGUGUUUUUGGUGUUUCAUUAACCUUAUUGAUAUAACGAGUGUUGAAUGUUAUCUUGUUAGGGCCGUUUCAAUGGAAGGGAAAAAACCAAGUUGGCGGCUUCUUAUCUCGAUGGAGUCAUCAAUCAUUAUUGAAAUGAAUCGUUUACUACGAAAGUGUCAUGUGGAGCGGAUUAGGAUGACUCCAUUUAUGUGGUGUUUGAAUAUUGGAAGCCCUGUGGAGGUGAAUUUGAAAUUGUUGAAGGUUAUGGUUUGCAGGUGGGUCGGGCAUGAUAAUAGUUUUAGAGGAAGUCAACAGCUGGUGCCGUUUUCAGUUAUUGAUGUGUUCAUGAGCAUAGGGUUAGAGAUAGGUGGUUUACAGAUUCCGUUUGAUGAAGUAGUUGUUGGAUUGGUUGAUGAAAUGUUCAAAUCAAAAACUAUAAGUUUGAAGGACUUGACGAACAUGUUUAAUGUCAUUGUGCAUGAUAAUAACAUUGAUGUUGAUGUAGUAUGUAGGUUAUAUAUAUUAGUUUGUUUGGUUGUUUUCUAUUUUCCUAGGAAAUCAAGGCAUGUUUGUAACAUGCCUUUUGCAGUGUUAGAUGACUUAGACAGUUUGUGUCUAUACGAUUGGUGCACCGGUGUACAUAAACAUAUUGUAGAGAAUUUAAAUAAAUGUAAGAAGAAAAUUAUGAGAGGAGGUAUCGCGUAGUCACUCACUCUUAGUGGCAAUGUGGCAGUGUUGCAGGUAACAUGAUUUGUAGUUUAUUAUUUUGAUGUACUGCAGAACAUUGUGAAUUAGGUUUGAUGAAAUAAUAUUAUGAUGUUGUAGGCUUGGGCGGUUGAAAGACUUUCUUUGCAUGGUCAUGCUUCACACAGGUUUUUCCCGCGCAUAAUGCGAUGGUUCCCGUAUAAAUCAAGGACCGAAAAAAUUGAACAUAUAUUUAAGACCGAAGAUGUAAGUGUUUUGAAAUUCAUUAUUUUUUUAUGUAAAAAUGGAUUGUCUUUUUUGUCAAAAUUUGUUGUGUGAUAUUGGUGUAGUUAAAUAUGGAGUGGUAUGUACGAAAGGAAGAUCGUCAUCGGCCGGAAAUCCGUGCAGCUUUCAACAUGGAUGACGGAGGGAUGAGUGAAGGAUCCUUGGCUGAAGGAUCGAAGGUUGAGAAAGAUGAUGACGAAAGCUCUGAUGACGGGACAUGGGAAGCAGGUGCUGAGGAGAGAUUGAGGAAAAACAAUGAAGAUAUCAGAGCAUUGAAUGCCAAGAUUGGAGUUCUUACUAGGGAGUUAUUCGAAAUUUGUCAAACUCCAAUCUUUACUGAAGAAGAUGCAUGUGGCACUGAUGAAGAGGUUGGUGGUGGAGUUGAUGAAGUAGCUGAAGUUGGUGGUGACGAGAAGCCUGAAGUUGGGGGUGACGAAGAGGCUGAAGUUGGUCGUGAUUGUGGAUUUGAAGAAGAAGGUGAUGGUAAUGCAGUUCAUGACCCCGUAGGUACAUAUAUUGAAGUAAGAGGGGAGGAUAAAACUGCACAUGAAGAUGAGAUAGUUUCAAGAUCUGUUGAUAACAUUGUUUGUAUUGAAAUCGAUGAUGAUGGUGAUGAAGAAGAACGGGAGGUCGUACCAUUGGCUAUCCCCCCAUUACGCAGUUUUGUUGGUGAUCCAAGCACCACUGUUGAUGUAGACCAAUUGUACAGAGUAGUCAGCGUCAGAGAGAUGACCGUAUACAGGGUUGUAAGCGAGAUAAUUGGGCAAACCUUGAGCACGACUUCAUUUUACACUUUGGCCCCGAUAAAAUACGUUGAUAACAUGGUGGUGUUAUUUGCUUGUACGAUGUUUAUGUACUUUGAGAAAAGGUUGUGCGGUGUUGUUGAGAGGAUUCAUUUUAGUCUGUUAUACUCGGUAAAUAAAAUUUGAUAUGAAUCGUCAUGUUUGGACGCUUCAUAACUAUAAAACUUAUCUGCGUUGCGAUAAGUUUGCACUUGGAGACUUUGGCACAACCGACUUUUUGUUUAUGCCAUUUGUCCACGAUGAUCAUUGGUGGUGUUAUUCAGUGAAAUAGAGUUCAUUAGAGAUUUUUGUGAUUGACUCAUUGGGUAAGGGGAUCAGAGACCGGAAAAGGAUAGACACAACUGUUGCUGAAAAUAUGGCACGGUUUUUUUGCAUGAUGAUGAAUAGACCGGAAGGUAGUAUUGGUCCUUUGAUUGUUAAACAAGCAAAUAUCCCAUCCCAACCAAACUUACAUGAUUGUGGAGUCAUAAUGUUGAAAGCAAUGGAAAUUUGGGAUGGAGACAAAAAAUACAACGGAAAAAGCAUGCCUGAAUAUACAACUGAGGAGCUGCUUGGGAUUAGAAAGAAAUACGUAUGUGACUGGAUCCUGGACAACGAGAACAUAAGACGAAUGGAAGCCCUAGAGUUAUAUGGCAUUGUUUAGGAUUGCUAA